AGUCAGAUGAAAUUCAGGUCUGAUGGUUGGUUAAGUGUCACACUGUUUGGUUUAGCUUGCAUAUUCUACUCAUAAUUCAGCAUUAUUUUUGUCAAAUUACAUGAUUUAUAAGUUGUAUACAACAAAAAUGGAUAAAGAAACAAACAGUUGUGAAAAUGUUAGAAAUACUAUGACUUUAGAUGUGCCAGAUGUGGGGAGUAACCGUAGAAAGAAUUGUAAGCCUGCGAAGACAAUCAAAGCUGACAAACAGGAACAGGAAUAUUACUUAGGUGGAACAUGGUUGGAUGGUGCAAUGUUACAGUCAAAAAAUCAAACGCGACAGGCCGACAGAUUUUCUGAUGAAACAAGUAGCAUUGAGACAGCUAGAAAAAGACUGAAGAUGGAACCAGAGGAGAUGUCCAUUCAUGAAGAAAUUGAUGACGGACAAUUUAAUGUAGAACUAGACAAACAAGAAAAACAAAAAAUGGACAAGUGCGAAGAGAGAACAGUUUAUGUAGUAUCUUGCUGUUCUAAUUGUUUGAUCCUAAAGAAAGAAAUUAAAGAGCUAAAAGCUGAAUUAGAAAGAAUUAAAAAAGAUGCUAUACCAGUUCCUAAUCAAAGUGUUGUAGACUAUUUUCAAGCUGUUAUAAACACAUGUGGAAAAUUACCAAGUUCAUCUACUUACAAAGAACACAGCACGCCACUAGAAACAUUAAGUCCACCUCCUCCUCAACAGCAAGUACAACUUGUAAAAGAUUGUGCUCUCUUUAUGGAAACAAAUGUUCUACUUGAAUGCCUAACAUCGGCUAGAGAAGAUCCGUUGCAGCUUCUUCGCAAUAUCAUUAGAGCGACGUUCACCCCAAAUCAACUGAUUGAAGCUGGAGGAUUAGGUCUAAGAAGAGGUCACUCCAAAAAACCUCCCCUGGAUGCAAAUAUUUGUCAAACACUAAAAACCUACAUAUUCAACUGGUGCUACAAAUAUGGGAAAUCAGUCCCUAAGGAAAGAGAUCUCAAUCGAUGUUUUGCUGAUACAAUAACGUAUGCAAGAAGGCAAGCAACUCGGGAAGAAGAAAGAAACAGACAAGGGCAUUUUUCAGCGUCACAGCGUGACAUUUUAACAGAAAUUUCUUCACUUAAAGUAGAUUAACAAAAAUAAUUUACCUUUGGUGGACAAAACUGGCACCUAAUAUAGGCAGACCCAGAGUACAAUAUAAGAAUUGACUAAACAUUUGACGAUUUGUCUAAGACUAUUGUACAAAAAUGCUGUAUUUUUUUUUUUGAUGAAUUAACAAAUUAUGCAAAAAAAUUACUCUAAAAUAAGUACAGUUAAUUAUAUUUUUUUAAUUAAAACCACAAAGUUUGAAUACUUUUUUUAAUUUUCUUCUUUUAAUAGCUUACAAAAACAUGUGCCAAAAAUCACUGCUCUAGACAGACUUGGCAAAUUAUGUAUCAAUAUGGACUUUUGAUUUUCUGAGCACAGAUCUUUGUGUACAUGAAUUCGUUUAAUAAAAAACAAAAUCACUGAA